CCUAUUAUGCAUUACGGGAUAUUCAUCUUAAUUCUUUGUUUGCGGUGUUUCAGUGCAUUUGUUUACGUAUUUGGGAGAUGAUUCUGAUUAAUAUUGUAUUCCAUGCCAGGUAGAUAUAAUUAUAUAUACCGACAUGUGGAUAUAUUUAAGUAAUAUUACACGAGUAAUGCGUGGUUGGUAAAGGAUGUGAUUCAGCAGUAGACAGAUUAUCUCUCUUUUUUGGAACACAUACAUGUGCAACAACACAUGAACUACUUCCCCAAGGAUUUAUUUUUGAUUUCCAGUGACGUCUGUAGAAUGUGGUCAUCAUCACUCCGAGCCAGCAGGUGGCAGCAGCCGUUCUUCCAUCUGUUGUGGUUUAAGCUGCUGUUUGGUUGCCACUACAGACAAAAACUACCCUAGAAAACAGAUUGUGUGGGUGCUGCACUACCAUAUGGGAUCACGGGGAGAAAUAUUUGGCAACUUCCUUGGAGUCUCACAACAUUGCAGGCCACGGACAGCUGCAUCGACAUAGUGGAGGGCUUCAGCGAUCAACUGUAAUAACAUCUUAAGACGACCAGAUAUUCUGGAACGUCCGUAAAUUAAAGCAGUAACUAGUGUUAGUGCUAGUUUAGUUAACUGCUUCAGUUUAUUAGGGAAGAUAGCCAGAUACCGACGUGUGUUCCUGGGGAUUAAGCCUCCAAAUAGCGGGAAGCUGCUCCUAGCUGGUAGCGAGCGAGCUAGCUUGGCGAAGGGGGAACAUUCUCUAACCUCCCUAUCAACAUGGCAAUGUCCCUGAUACAAGCCUGUCGCAGCCUGGCUCUUUCAACAUGGCUGCUAUCUUUUUGUUUUGUGCAUUUGCUGUGUCUAGACUUCACCGUGGCGGAGAAAGAGGAAUGGUAUACCGCCUUUGUGAACAUCACCUAUCUGGAUCCCGUGACUUCUGAGAUGAAAACAGAGAAAACAGAGUGCGGCCGCUAUGGCGAACAUUCACUCAAGAAAGAAGCCAAAGGGGUGGUGGUCAUGCCCUCCGUCCUGCAAGACAGGCAGGCUUGUGACCCCAACACUAAAUUUCCAAUUCCAAACACCAACAGUGCGUGGAUUGCACUGAUAGCCCGCGGCAACUGCACGUACAAAGAUAAAAUUCGACAUGCAGCAAGCCACAACGCGUCUGCUGUAGUAAUAUUCAACGUGGGUUCGAGUAAUGCCAACGAAACCAUAACAAUGCCUCAUCAAGGCACAGGUGAAAUUGUGGCCAUCAUGAUCCCGGAACCCAAGGGCCGGGAGAUCAUCGCCCUGCUGGAGCGAAACAUUCCAGUCAACAUGCACAUCACCAUAGGAACGCGGAACCUUCAGAAGUACGUGAGCCGCACCUCGGUGGUGUUCGUCUCCAUCUCCUUCAUCGUGCUCAUGAUCAUCUCCCUCGCCUGGCUGGUCUUCUACUACAUCCAGAGGUUCCGCUAUGCCAACGCUCGAGACCGCAACCAGAGGCGCCUGGGAGACGCUGCCAAAAAAGCCAUUAGCAAGCUGCAAGUGAGGACCAUCAGAAAGGGAGACAAGGAAACCGAGUCGGACUUUGACAACUGUGCGGUGUGCAUCGAAGGCUACAAGCCCAGUGACGUGGUUCGGAUAUUACCCUGCAGACAUGUCUUCCAUAAGAACUGCGUGGACCCCUGGCUGCAGGACCACAGGACGUGUCCCAUGUGCAAGAUGAACAUCCUUAAAGCAUUAGGGAUUCCGCCAAACGCUGACUGCUCAGACGACAUCCCUCCGGACUAUGAGGAGUCUGUGGGAGGGCCACCCACCAACCCAGUGACGGGGGCAAGUGAGGUGACGGUGAGCGAGAGCUCGGUGGUGCUGGACCCCGCCGUACGCUCCAUGGGUCUACCGCAGGUCUACCAUGACGCCGAUCCCCUUUCCCUGGUUGGAGAGAGCCGCCACAUCGCCAGCAGUGAACACCAAGCCCCGCUGAGCAGUGACUCGGACACCUCACUCAUCCUGGCUGUGGAAGUGGGCUUGUCCGAUGUGGAGCUGUCGGCCGAGCAGGAGCACGAAGAGGUCAAGUCCUGAGCCAUGACCCACAUCUCCCCGGUGUUGCCACGGAGACAGAGGACCAGGACGACAGAGAGGAACCAAGGCCAGGAUCAGGAACCAGGAAGCCUUCUUAAACUAAAGGGGAAGAGAAGAGUAACAAUGGAACGGAAGCCCGUUUUGCGCAAUGUCCUUUUUAUUUUUGUCCCCGUGGUUUCAUCGGCUACAGGAAAAGGUUCGGAAAAAGAGAAAGAUACACUACUUGUCAUCUUUAUAACUCAAUGGCCACAGUCACACCUUGAUUUUCCUCCUCCCUUCUUUCUAAGCUUCUGUCAAUAGGCAGAGGAAGCAUUUAGCCAAUCACUGUCAUGUUCUUUGACAAACAUUUCACACUUUUUGUUUUUAAUGUGUUUUCCAUGAAACAUUCACCUCCCCUGACUCUGUGGAAAUGUUGACUGUUUGAUUUCCUUAUACGAGAUCACUGCCAAUGUAUAUUCUUGAUUGAAACACAAGUCUUUCUAUACAUAUAUAUAUAUAUAUAUAUCUAUAGAUAUCAAUACACACAUGCAGCCAACAGCGUUUGCUUCAAGUGUCAAAAAGCAGUCUCUGUGUGAUCCAACCAGCAGCAGUAAACUUCCUGUUCCCAAACACUAGUACACAUCGAACUUUGACCCUGGGGCAAGAGAUGUCCUGCUAUCCUUUCAACAUGCCAUGUUUCGUGAACUAUGCACAGCUUCCCACGCAUCCCGGCAGUUUUUGUCUCCCCCAGAAAUGACUUCUCUGUAUUUUUGUUUGUAUUUUUGUUUAUAAGCUUAGUCUCUUCUCAAGUACAGCACCCUGACCUGUCUUGUCUUGUAUUCGGCAUCCUUGCUCUCAGUGGCAAGACCCAAACUUGAUGCGAUUGCGAAUUGAAUUCCCCACAAUCAAUCCCAAGUGACAAUCACUUUCCAAGGAUCGCAUCCACAGAGACUUUUCCACCCCCACCUUCUGAAAAGAUGGUCAUCAUCUGAAUGUGCGUGGCAAGGCUGGAGGGCGGAGGACUGACUUCAGAAGAACUCUGCCAUAUUCUCCUGUAUGAUGAAUGGAGCCCUUAGUGCAGCCAGAGGUUGGUCUUCCUGUAUCUAAUUUCUAUAUGUGCCAAGUUAACUCUAAAGAAAUACAGGUAUAAUUUAUGCUUAAGAUAUAGGAUUUUUUUGUAUUAUUUUUGUUUGUUUGUUUGUUUGUUUGUUUGUUUGUUUUUCAUUGUGUCACAGUGAGUCUGGAUAGGUUUGAUGUAUUGGGAUCAUUGAAUUCUGCAAGUCCAAAGAAUGUGAUUGGGGUGAAGUACUAUUUCAAAAUGUCAACAAACUUAGUUGCAUCUAAGUUGCCCUACCCAAUACUUCAUUAAAAAAAUAUUAAGGUUCGAACAGUCAAAGAACAGCACACAGACUGAUUCUCACAUAAUACAAGGCGCCUGGAAUGACAAUUCUCCUUGUUGUUAAAACUUACAGAAUGGUGAAAAUCUGCUGGAUGACUUUUAUUUUAAUACGUAUUGAAGAAAAAAAGUUUAUUUUUCUAAGAAAAAAAAUCAAAAAUGAAUAUCAAGGAAAGUUUACAGUGGAGGAGAAACUGGGCUUACGUGGAAAGUGGCUACAUUGCUAAGCUAUGUCAGAAAUGUUGGCUUUUUGACAUGGACUGAAACUUUAACAAAUAAAUAUUGUGCAUCCCUCUUCCUUCCUGAAGUAAUUGCAACAGAAAGGCACCUUCCCUGAGUUCCCUUUUUUUCCCCUCGUCAAAGUCUUCUUGUUUUGCUUUCAGAGCAAUUUCUGCGAUAGGACAGCUUGCUGCCUCAAUAGUAUUUGUCAAAUGCCUUUCCCCCUCAACAUUUUAUUCACAUCGGACUGAACAGGGGUCUUUUUAUAGAAAUGUCAAUUCCCUUUUAAUGUAAAAGGACAAAAAAAGCACACAUACCCCAAAAGCCCUCUUUGUCACAUCCUCUUUCCCCCUCCCGCUCUCUUCAUGUGACUCUGAAAGUGGGUGUUGAGAAUGUUGAAUCCAUGAACCAAAGCUUAGACACAUUCCCUCUUCAGUCAUUGUGUUCACCUUUUUCUUGCUGAUCUGUGGAGAUUUCUUUACAUCUUUAAAUCAUUAUAUAGAUUAUUUUGUUGGACUCUAUCUCUCUGUCUCCCUCUCCCUCUCUCUCUCUCUCUCUCUCUCUCUCCCCCUCUCUCUCUCUCCCUCUUUCUCGCUCACUUUCUCUCUCUCUCUCCCUCUCUCCCCAUAUUCCCUCAUGGUUCAUGAGAGACGACUUGGCUGUGCGACAGUCAUGUCAUGCUGGUCAGUCAAGAGCAAGGAGUCAGGCUGAAUGAUCCGCAGGGAGGGGGGUUAUGUGUGCAGCGGAACAGGGCCAGGGGAGGUGCUGAACAGGACCAGGGGAGGUACGAACAGGGCCAGGGGAGGUGCUGGAUGCCUUCAACUCCAGCAGUAUCCAGAGACAAGCCAUGGAGAGGAUCCGUCUCACCAGCCAAAAGACUAAACUGAGAGCAGAAUAAAGCAGUGUAUUGCAGAAUUGUGUUUGCAAUGAAAUCUAGGUGUGUGCGGAUGCAUUCCCUAAAUCCUGGAUUUCAAGUUGGUUGCACAAGUCGGUGACCUUGCAGUGCCACAUGCUGGUUAAUGUGUCCCAUUUGUACGUUUGUAUGCAGUAUUGAUUGAGGUGUGCGCAAGAUAUUCACACGUCAUUGCUUUUCUAAACUCAGAGCUUAUUGAAAUACUUUUCACCACAUCACUGACCUAACAGACCCCAAUGGAAUUUGAACAAUGGAAGCACAUUUUGUUCCUCUUUCCUUUUUAGCUUUUUGACUUCCUGAAUUUAGCCCCAAUUUCAUCAUGUAACUGCAAACAAAAAGUUGGCCUGUUUAUUUAGUCAUUCUGAGUUGUGUGUGUGUGUGUGUGUGCGCGCGCGUGCGUGCACUCUUGCUCAUCAUGCAGAUGUGUGUUCUCUUCUAAAGGUGGUGCUGAGGUAAUCUGAAUCAUGUGGACCCUGCCUGGUUCAUCUGACUAACUGUUUACCAGCUAGACAUUUUAGCACCGAUUCCUGUUGCCACUGAACACCCCCCACCCCUGUCCCCAAAUCCAUCUCCCCACACACACUCUCUAUUGACCUUCAGGAAUGGAUUUUCCUUUUGAUCUACCCCUCUUGUUCAAGGCCUUCUUGGUGUUCAUGAGAAGCAAUGUGCUUUUUCAUGCAUCGUUUAGUGUGUGAGACCUUUACAGUGCUUCAUUACACCCCUGUACUGAGUAAUUGAGAUGAUGAAUGCAGUCUGAGACUAGACUUUUCAAGAGGGAGAGAGGGAGAUGGGAAGAUGGAGAGGGUGGCUCUUUUUAGGAAUGAAAUGCACUGACUUUCCCUUGAUGGCAUGUCCACUCAUUUCAAAGUGCUACUUGAAAGCAUCAGUCAGUUUUCCACUAUUUUACUCUUCAUUUUUGAGACUUCAUGUAGUCUUCUAAUGGCACUUACUCCUGACCAUUUGGUAGAUCCCCUUUCUUUCAAGUCAACCAAAAGAAAUAAAAACUACUUCUGUAGAAUAGGGUCUGGCAUCAUAAAGAUAAAGACAUUUUAUAAAUGUUUCAUAACACUGUUCCGGGUACUCAUUAAGCACUUAUACAUGUUUGGGUCGGCAUUCUCUGUUGUGUUUAAUGCCUAUUCUUCAUGGUGAACCCGAGCAUUCACAGCAGUACUUGUUACGACAUCUACAUAGGCUCUCCUUUAAGGCCCUUUUCACAAAGUGCUACAGAUAUUAGCUGACCUGUUCCAGCCCUUUUGAACAGGCCAUCUCACUCACAGCCAGGCGGGCACAACUACCCAGCACUUUACCUCUCUACAGGGAAAAAUAAUCAAAUGUGAACGUGAAGAGUAGGAUCCCUUUUCAGCGCCCCUAGUCGAGGCAGAAGGCCCAGGGUCCCCUGGGUGAUGGCCUCUGGGUCGCCCCAACAGUAGAUGAACUAAGUCGAGGAUCUUUCUCUCUGGCUUUCCUCUUUUUUCUUUCCUUCCUCUUGAACCUUUUUUUUUUUUUUUUCUCAUCUUUUGUCUUAAACGAUCAUGGGCUGGGGCGGGUUGUUACAUGAGAAAUGUUAUAUACAUUAUCCAGAGGUCUUACAGUAUUGCUAUUUUGUUAUAUAGAGGACAAUGUAAAUAUGUUCAGCUGUGUUGAUAUACUGUUCUAGUACAAUGUUGCACGUGUAUGAGUCCAUGAUUGUGUGGUACAAUAAAUUUUAUUGCAAGUUUUUCCAAA